AAAGUUUGAUCCGCAAAAUUCUUGCCUUUUCUUUUGACAGAUCCUUUAUACAGAUGAGCACAGUAGUUACAAAGAACGCAUCUAAAGCAGACGUUGGUGGUGUAGUAGAUACCAUUAAUAAAAGAGUAUCAGGCAAAAAUUGGAAGGUUCAAAAGACGGCUACAGUUCGUAAUCAAAUCUCAAAAAAAUUGAAAAAGACUUGGGAUCAACGAUCAAAAGAACGUGCAAAGAAAGAAGCGACGAAAAGCUUGGAGAGAGAACUGAAGGCCGAAAAGAAAGCUGAAAAAGAUGCAAAACGUGCUAUCAGUUUAGAGCGAAAGAAGAUGAGAGAAGAGAAAGAGAGACAAGAAGCUUUGGCAGCGAAAAUGUCAGCGAAACGUCUUGAGAGACUCAAACGAAGAGAAGCUAGAAAAAAGGCCAGAGUUUAAAUCCUUAGCCAAAACAAUCAUUUCAUUUUGUGUUUCUAUUUGUAUGUUGUAAUAUUAAACCCUAGCAUUUGUAACUGUACGCUCUUUAAAAUACCAAGUUUAUUUGAAGUGAAUAAACGACCCGUUAAGAUAUUUAGCUUAGGAACUGU